AUGGAAUCGGCCUUGGAUUUGACUGGAGGGCCGGUCCUUCUCGCAUUGUCAAUCAUCACAGCAUGUUUUUCUCUGGCAACAUGCGGUUUACGGCUCUUUGCUCGCUUCAGAAUAAGCCAUGAGAUAGGCAAAGAGGACUACGCCAUAGGCGUGGCUGCUAUUCUGGCUUUUAUAGGAACCAUCUUCAGCAUGAUAGAAGGCACAGCCGUCACCUCUGCGCGCGCGAUCGAGUUCAACAUCCUCGGCCAACCAUUUUACUUGAUAAGCGCCACACUAGCCAAAAUCUCCAUCUGCUUCUCCUUCAUUGCGCUGGCUGGGGUCCUAAAGGCUUGGCGGGUGGUGCUCUCGAUCAUGAUGCUUCUCAUGGCCUUCACCGACCUCAGCUCCGCCCUGACGACCAACCUGCAAUGCCAGCCGCUCGAGAAGUUAUGGGAGCCCCAGCUGGAUGGUGCAUGCUGGGACCCAAGCGUGCAGGCCAACAUUGGGUAUUUCAGGGGCACUUUGUCUGCAAUUUCCUGGCUGGUGUUGUCCGUCAUGCCGGUCUUCAUCCUUCGCGGAUUGGGGCCUGACAACCGCGCCCUCAAGUGGCCAUUCUACGGCCUCUCGGCUUUGAGUGUAAUUGCCGGCAUCUUCACAGCAGUGCAGACAUAUGAGACCUCAAACAUACCGAUGCAAACAGGUAUCUACACUUACAGCAACUUCCUCUCCACUCUCUUCUCUGUUUUUGAACAGAACGUCGGCAUCGUCGCUGCCAACUUUGCGCACGUGGGGCCUCUCUUCUCCCGGCGACAGCGGCAGCUCGCCAGCCGAACCGACAGCAUCCACGACCCCUUCAAGCAGGGACGCAGCGGCGGCGCCUCGCACUCCUCGGGCGACUCGGGGAGCGUGCGGUCCUUGGGCGCGCUGGCCCGCCUCAACGGCCUGUCAGGGGCGUCCAAGUCGACGCUGACCGGCGUCCAGGGUCGCGACAGCUUCGAGCUCGGGAUCGGCCGCUCCGGCUCGACGCGCAGCGUCGUCCGCGGCGGCGUCGGGCGCUCGGAGAGCAGGAGGAGCAACAGGAGCAACAGCGCUAGUGACGGCGCCGACGAUGCGGAUGCUGCGGCCGUCGGCGGCGGACAGUGGCCGCAGGGCAUCAUCAUCAAGACGGUCGAGGUCGAGGUCACGGUCCAGGAGAGCACCCGCGAGGUGGUCACGAGUGAUGUUCCGUCCAGGCCGAGCGCCGAGUACAAUUGGGAUCGGAUGCUUCGCGACGGUCGGCCGACACGAUAA